ACCCCCUUCUCAGUCAGCUGUGCCGUUGCUAAGCCAGCCAACAGAAAAAUAAAAAUAUAGCUAUUUGAAGGUUUACAUUAUGGAUAAGAACGCUACGCGAUACAAUGUACAACUGUAUAUUUAUGAUCUAUCGAGAGGAAUGGCCCGCAACCUCAGUCCCAUCAUGUUGGGAAAGCAACUGGAUGGUAUAUGGCACACAGCUAUAGUGGCAUACGGCGAUGAGUUCUUCUUUGGAGGGGAGGGGAUCUCCAGCUGUUCGCCGGGUGGGACAAUGCUGGGUUCUCCAGAUACAGUGGUAGAGCUGGGCGAGACUGAAGUGUCUGAGGAGAUCUUCAUGGAUUACCUCUCUUCCCUGGGAGAAAGCACAUACAGAGGUGACAGGUAUCGUCUGUUUGAGCACAACUGCAACACCUUCACCAACGAGGUGGCUCAGUUCCUGACGGGCAGGUCCAUCCCGUCCUACAUCACAGACCUUCCAUCGGAAGUCCUCUCCACACCGUUUGGCCAGAUACUGCGGCCCAUUCUCGACUCUAUCCACAUCGCCCCUCCAGGAGGUAACGUCAUCAACGGGGGGAGAAACGUGUAACCAGAGAGAGCAGCAGAGUCACCGAGUGCUCACAAGGUCACUUUUAUUGUAGUCAGUCAGUCAAACUAAUUGUCUUUCUUUCUUUCUGUAAAUAAGUUACACACUAGAAUUGAAGCUAAUGGCCAUUUUGGAAGCUAUGACUUUUAUGAUUUACAUAUACUGUAAUGUUCUCCUUAAAAACCCUAGUGGGUUCAUGAAUACUACUUGGGGAGAACUCACAGCCCUCUUCAUGGGUGUAUCUGGAAUCAUAUUCAGUGUACUUAGAAAACACAGAUGGAAUUUUGGGUUUACCAGCAUAGCCUGAUAUCAAAACAGUUACCUUCCAACACUAAAAGCUGACUUUGAUGAAUGUUGCCUUCUUAUAAAUACUGUACAUCUAUGGAAAGUCAGAGGUCCACUUAAGCUUUUUCAGAAGUAUAAUGUAACAAAGUAUAUUUUGAUUUUGGAGCACUGCAACGUGAUUUAGCAUUUACAUUUUUGCAAGAAUUUAUACUUUUACUCCACGACAUAGAAAUAUUGCACUUUUUACUCCACUACAUUUAUCUGAUGGCUGUAAUUAAACCACCUACAACAUUAAAAUACCUCUUGCACAUUAGUGCAUCUAGCUUAUUUAGUACUCAACUUUUGUACUAAGGUACAAAAUGCUAGCUUACUUUUAUUUAAGUUGGAAAUUGUAGUUUUUUUCCCAUUUUAGUGUUGCAAUGUGUAGUUAUUUAUUAAGAAAUUAAAUUUUUUCACUACUGACAUUAUUAAAUUAUUAUAUAUAACAUAUCAGGUUUCCCACAUGGUUUCUGCAGUGAGAAUCAUCUGCUGCUGACUACAAUGGAAUUAAUCUGAGUGUACACUUUUGCGUAGAUCCAUUUAAUAUAUUAAAAUCAAAGGACACAGGUUGAUGGAUAAUAACAGCAAGUUGGCUGGAGAGUCUUUUAUUGUUAAUCAAUUUUUAAUUUAUUUCAGUUUUGCACUUCUAUGAUUGUUUUUACUUGUUUUGUUAUUUGGUAGCCUGUAGUUAAAUUUCCUAUCAGUGAUCCCUUCAUACUGCACCUGUAAUAUUUGUCUGAAUGGAACUGUACCUGACUAUUAUAAUUCCAUUUGCCACAUCAUUUGUGACACAGCAGGUGAUUGAUGCCAAACUCACACUGAGGUUUAUAAGAUUAGAGGUGAUAUAAAAAUUGUGUUGAGUGUAUGUCUCUAUAGCAGGACUGGGAUCAGUUCAUUGUAAAUUCCCAUGUGUAUGAAAGUAAACCCCGGUUGACAUUUGAAAAUAGCAGUGCUCAUUACAAAAGUGUACAUUUUCCGGACAAUCUUUAAUUUUAAAACAACAACCGUUUUCUUGGUCAAAAAUAAUGAAAAAUGUAAUUAAUUCUAUUCUCUGAUAUAAUUGAAAGUGAACUGCACCACAGCCCUGUUAUAUGACAUAAGUUGUGCCUCUUGCCCUGCGUUACCAGCUCCACAGAGAUGCUGAUCUCAGAUACAUUACAUUUUAUUAUGCAGAUUUCUGUUGCCAUAUGGGUAAUUCUUAACAACUGCUCACCCACAGGUUUUCUUUUGUAGUAGAUGUGACCAUAUGCAGGGCAAUGUCCUGUACUGUCAACUUAAUAACAAUCUGCUCGAGUCCUUUAACAGCCACCAGAGUGUGUUGGAUAUACAAUACACCUCUGUGCCUUCAUUUCCCUUUGCUUGGCUACAGUCACACUGUUGGCAGUUGGCAUGGUUAUCGUAUAGCACAGGUGGUAAUCCCUGUGCAGUCUGCAUUCAAAUCUGCUAGUUAGUUUACUGUGCAAAGGUCCAGAAAUCUUAGAAAUCUUACACAAAUGAGGUGAAAGGGGUUAGGAUUAGUAAGGAACACUCAGCUAUAUUCUGUAGAUAACGUAAACAUCUGAAAAUAUUCUAGAUUAAACAACAUCUGUGUUAAACAACACUCACAGCCUAUAAUCUCAAUGCAUUAUACACUGCACUCUGCCGUCACAAAGAACACGUCUGUUUUCAAACUAAUGCAUAGAUGACGUUUUAGGGUUUAUCUGAUUAGGACAGUGUUAAACACAUGAACCACGUUAAACCUCAUGAGCCUGAACAGAACGAAGGAUCCGAGAAGCACAGAAAAACAAGAAAUCUCAAAGAACGCCUAAACCAGCAUUAACUUUCAUUGUGUUCUCAUGCAAUGAAUACACCUCACACACAUUUUACCUUCCAAGCAGUCACCAUUUCUCUUGUGCACCUGCCUAUAAAUAUUGGAUGUGCAAGCAUUUCAACACUUUAUUUUCAAACCUGAUAUUUGUAAGUAUUUGGCUGUGAUUCGAGAAAGGAUCUGGGAUCUGUUAUUUUUGCCUUCUGCUAACCAACUAAGUGACAUGCUAACCAGUGUAAUGUAUUACUGCAGGGGUCACCCUUUCUUGCUCUGAUAUGUUGCUGGGUGCUACCUGUAAUGUGAAAUUGCGACAGAUAGUGAUGGAUAUUAUUCUAUUUAAGUAAUCUAACUAUAGUAGAUUUGUUUAUGCAUAUUGUUUGUAUUGUUUGUGUAGUAGGUUUUUUUUUUAAAUAAAUCUACCUACAAAU